CUAAUUCACGAUCUAGGUCUUUGUUACGGUCAAAGUCGACAUCUAAGACGCAGUCUACUUGUAAGCUACGGGUUGAUUCUGAGUCGUGGGAUAAUUCUGAGUCACAGGUUGAUUUUGAGUCCCUUGAUUCUGAGUCGUGCUUCGAUUCUCAGCCCCUUGAAUCUGAGACACGGGUUGCAUCUGAGCCUAAAUCUAAUUUAUGGUCUGACACUAAAACUAAGUCAAAGUCACGUUCAUUGUCGUCUGAGUCACGGUCUCUCUCUGGGUCGAAGUCACAGUCUAAUAUUAAGUCACGUUCAAGGUCAAACUCACGCUCUAGGCCAAAGUCAAUCUCUAGGUCCAAGUCACGGUCAAGGUCUAAGUCACGUUCUAAGUGUAAGUCACGGUCCAAGUCACGGUCUAGGUCUAAGUCACGUACUAAGUCUAAGUCACGGUCUAGGUCUGUCACGUACUAAGUCAAAGUCACGGUCAAAGUCAAGGUCAAAGUCAAGGUCUAGGUCUAAGUCACAGUCCAGGUCUAAAUCACAGCCUAGGUCUAAGUCUCGGUCUAAGUCAAAGUCACAGACACCGUCCAGGUCUAAGUCACGGUCCAGGUCUAAGUCUCGAUCUCGGUCUAAGUCAAAGUCACGGUCCAGGUCUAAGUCACGUUCUCGGUCUAAGUCACGGUCAUGGAGUCAGUCACGGUCUAGGUCUAAGUCCCGGUCUCGGUCGAAGUCACGGUCAAUGAGUCAGUCACGGUCUAGGUCAAGCUCGCGGUCACAGUCAAGGUCAAGGUCUAAGUCAAGUUCACAGCCUAGGUCAAGGUCGCGAUCUAGGUCGCGGUCACCAAUUUAUCCGCAAUCCCGUUCUCCCUCUGUUCCCCGCAACCGUCCUGAUGCUGGCGAUAACUCUGAAAGACCGCAGACCCCUAAGGAAAGAAAUCGAUCUCGAUCGCAGUCCCCUUUAAGACAGCCGAAUGUACAAGUGCAAGUGGAGGAUGAAAAUGAUAAUGGUUCAGAUUACGAUGAUGUGGAUGAUGAAGAUCAAAACUUUCCUUUGUUACAACGAUACGAACCGAAACUGUACAAACGAUACAAGAAGUAUGAUCUACUCAUACCUCCAGCGACACCUGACCGUUUCGAACGUUAUGCCAUAGUUGAAAACAAAGUGUACUUAGGACUAGGAUGCAAAGCGAGAAAAAGUAGUUGGAAAUUAAGUAAAAAAAAAGGGUUGUUGACAUUUACCAGAGAGAUGGCGAAAUAUUUGUGAAAAUAUAUGCUUAGACAAUACGAAAGUAAAUAAUUCCACUCCUGGUCGAAGUUCUGUAAAAUUGUGCUCACCAAAAAAAUUGGAAUUAUAUUUAAGUUUAGUUAAAGACUACAUCAAUUCAGAUGAUCGUUACAAAAAUUUGGAGGAUGAAGUAAAAUCAGUAAUGAUAAAAGACAGUGUCCGAAGAUUGAGUAUUAACAUUAGAGACAACAGGUCAAAAAGAAUUGCUUUGAAUGCAGUACGUUAAAUUAAUAAAUUACACAAUGCGUUUGAAAAUUACACAGUUUAAUGAAAAAGUUGUUUAAAAUUUAAACUAGUAAACUAUUA